CAUGGCUGCCGCACCGGGCGACUCGGGCAGGCUGCUACCCUAGCCGCCGCCGAGCCCUGAUCUACUUCCUCCGCUCCUCUUGUCGCAGCCGCGUGACACUGCCGGGCUAAGCCCGGGGCAGAUCAUGGUGGCGGGGGUCUCUCCUUCUCUCCCGUGUCUUGGCGUACGGUGGGGCCCCUGGCAUGUGGAGGAGCGGCUGGUCGGGUCCCGUGGGGCGGCGCUCAGCCUUGCCUCAUGGUGGCGGCGGGUGGCGCUGCGGCAGGACGUAUCUUGGAUUAGCAGCAGCAGCGGAUGGAUGCGCUCCUCUGCACUGCGCAAAUGGGUGGUGGGCAAGACGCUGGCCCCCGUUGCUGAUGGCGUGCUGGAGGCUUGGGGUGCCACCAAGGACUUGGAUCUCAACAUCAAGGCAUUGAGGUUGGAGCUGCUGCUCGUCCAGGCCAGCCUUGAAACCGCCAGGCGCAAGCAGGUCGAUGGCCCGGCCAUCCAGGAGCUAUUGGGGAAGCUGCGAGACUCCGCGCUCUCUGCAGAGGACUUGUUGGAUGAGCUGGACUAAUCCCUAGCGGGACGGAGCGAGUCCCCUCGAGAGAGUUCUCGUUGAGAGUCGUAGCGAGGUCACCUGAUCCCGCCCGAUCCCCAAUCUCCGACGGCGGCGAUGCUGGCCGAAAGAGAGACGGGAGAGGUGUGUGGAGCUUUGUAUAUAAUCCAGCUAGUUCUUGGUUGAGUCUUCCCAUAGUGGAGUCUGGCGUUAUGCCGUGGCAGAGCGCGCGGUGGCUAGCAGUGGCGUUCAUCGUGGUUGUGGCACGCGAGGUGCUGCAUGCAAUCGGAGAGAGUGACACCGGCGACUCCUUCAAUAAGCUCAUUGUCUUCCCUGUGUUGGUAGA